AUGAGUUCGCUUCAAAAGAUGAACACGAGAUUCAACGACUCUGUCGUGGGCCGAUACUUUAAGGUCGCUGAAAGAGGUUCCACGCUCACUACCGAGAUACGAGCUGGUUUUACCACCUUUCUAACGAUGGCGUAUAUUCUUGCGGUAAAUCCUUCAAUCAUCGGUGACACUGGUGGCCCUUGUGUUACGAUGGCUGCCGAGGCAGGUACAGACAUCGACCCGGAAUGUUUAGCAGACUUCAAGAAAGACUUGGUGGUCGCCACAGCAGUUGCAUCACUUAUUGCCUGUUUACUAAUGGGUAUGGUGGCGCGCCUACCUUUCAUGCUAAUGCCUGGAAUGGGCAUGAAUGCUUACUUCGCUUACCAGGUAGUCGGUUAUAUGGGAAGCGGUUCAAUUCCAUACGAAACUGCACUAACAGCAGUGUUUGUUGAAGGACUGAUCUUUCUGUUUUUGGCCGUUACCGGAUUGAGACAGUAUAUUGCGGAACUCAUUCCUAGACCAGUCCGCAUAGCGACAAGCGCGGGUAUAGGAAUGUUUUUGGCAUUCAUUGGUUUCCAGACAUCGAAUGGAAUUGGCCUAGUAACUGCUGAUCCGGCUACUUUAGUAACUCUUGGCGGAUGUGCGCCUGAGAAUCGUAGUAGUGAAUUCCCAGUAACUUGCGAAACGAAGUUAGAUUCGCCAUAUUUGUGGAUUGGUUUGAUGGGUCUUUUCAUCAUGGGUUUGCUAAGUGUGAGAAAAUGGGACCUAAGUUUGUUCUUAGGUAUCGUAUUUGUCACGUGCAUAUCAUGGAUUCCGUAUACAUCAUUCUCUCAGUUCCCCGACACCGUGUUAGGUAACGAUAGGCUCGAUUACUUCAAGCAAGUGAUCGACUUUCACAGUAUCAGCAUGACGGCUGGCGCGCUCGACUUUGAAUUCGAUAACGCGCAGAUGUGGCUAGCUCUCCUUACAUUCCUUUACGUCGACCUUUUGGACACUACCGGCACCUUGUACUCGCUGUGUAAGUUUGCUGGGUUUAUCGACGAGUCGGAUUCUGUUGAUUUCGAAGGCAGUUACGCUGCAUUUUCCGUUGAUGCUGUAGCUACCAUCAUUGGCUCUACACUUGGUCUCUCGCCCGUCACAACCGCGAGUGAGUCUGGAUCGGGUAUAGUUGCGGGUGGUCGUACUGGUAUUGUGGCGCUAGUAGGUGUGGUUAUGUUUUCCUUGUCCUGCUUCUUCGCACCUAUCAUCGUUAACAUUCCAGUGUGGGCCACGGGACCUGCACUGAUCAUGGUGGGUGUGCUGAUGUCGAGAGCUCUGGCUGAUGUCGACUGGGAGGAUCCUCUGGAAGCCAUUCCUGCGUUUGUCACAGCCACUUUGAUGCCCUUCACCUAUUCCAUUGCAUAUGGUCUCAUUGGCGGUAUUCUUGUGUACGUUGUGCUGUAUACCACCAACGUAGCAUGGGAUUGGUCUAUGUGGGCAUUCUACUGGCUCGUUAACAAGGUAUUCAAAGCUGAGUGGGAAAUGCCCGAGAAAGGUCAGACUCCCAUUCCUCGUAUGGCGAAGAAUCGUCUUCCUCACUCAUUUGAGUCAUGGAACAAACAGGAAACUGCGAAACAACGCGCUGCUCUUUCUAUGAAGGAAUUGGACCCCGAGGGUAGUGCCGACGUUGUAACCGUUACCUCAAAAAAGGACAAAGAGGGUGAGAAGGUCGAUGACCUGGCGGUAGACGAAAUAGAAACAGUUAUCACAAUCUAGAAGUAGAUAAUAUACAUUGUACAAUAUUAGUGAAACUCGCCCGAAAUAUCAUAUAUCCCGGCUGCUGAGAAGAAAUGCAGUGCAAGAACUUCAGUUUACAGCACUCUGAGGAUAAU